GCAUAAUGUUCUGACUAUCUUUGGUAUAGUCUUUUUUCCCAUGUGAUUUAGUGUAUAGCAUGAGGAUGGAUUGCAAGUACUAAUGUUUGGCUUUCUACUUAUUUAGUCUGAUCGCACAGUUUCUUUGUUUUUCUUUUUUUGGGUGCUUUGAUAAUAACCUACACCGCCGAUUCUCAAGUUAUCUGCUAGUGAGCGGUCAUUUGAAUUGCCAUCUUACUGUUUCAACUUAAUUUUGGAAAAAGGAGAAGAGACAGUUCUGGCUCUUUUUAUAUGUGGUAUGAAGCUAUACCUUUUCAUGACGCUUAAUCUUUAGUUGUAACACUGUCAAUUCACAUAUUGUUGCAUAUUGUGCUUGUAGACUCAUAAUGGAAAGUUUGGGAGUUGCUCAGCCAUGUAUCUGCAAAGUAUGAUGCAUACUUUGAUUGUUCAUUUUCUGAUCUGCUAUUGUUUGAGCAUGUCUUCAAGCAUGUACAUGAAGUGUUGCUAUCAAGACCCAGAGGUGGCUAUUGGGACUAGAAGCAUUACUGUUUGCAUUUGUCUGGUGAUGCUGAGGAGAAUUUGGCAAUUAUUGGAAAGGGUAAAGGCGAGUUGCAGAUGAUUGUGCCUGAGGUCGACAAAAAACUUCUUGAAGAACUUGAAGCAAUGGGUUUCUCCACAGCACGAGCUACUCGAGCUCUUCAUUUUUCUGGCAAUGCCAGUGUUGAAGCUGCUGUCAAUUGGGUGGUGGAACAUGAGGAGGACCCCGAAAUCGAUCAGAUGCCUCUGGUACCUGUUAACACCAAAGCCGAAGUUCCUAAGCCGUCUCUCACGCCAGAAGAAGUUAAGCUUAAAGCACAAGAACUUAGGGAACGAGCUCGCAAGAAGAAAGAAGAGGAAGAAAAGAGAAUGGAAAGAGAGAGAGAAAAGGAAAGAAUUCGAGUGGGCAAGGAACUCCUAGAGGCAAAGCGAAUUGAAGAGGAUAAUGAAAGAAAACGUUUGUUGGCUUUGCGGAAAGCUGAGAAAGAGGAAGAGAGGAGGGCUAGGGAAAAAAUCCGUCAGAAAUUGGAAGAAGACAAGGCAGAAAGAAGACGGAAGUUAGGACUGCCACCAGAAGAACCUUCAGCUGCAAAACCAUCUGCACCUGUUAUUGAGGAAAAGAAAAGCUCACUGCCUGUUAGACCUGCCACGAAGGCUGAGCAGAUGAGAGAAUGUUUGCGAUCGCUCAAGCAGAAUCACAAGGAGGAUGAUGCUAAAGUGAAGAGAGCAUUCCAGACUCUGCUAACCUACAUAGGGAAUGUUGCCAAGAAUCCUAACGAGGAAAAAUUCAGAAAGAUCAGAGUCACUAACCCAUCCUUCCAGGAGAGAGUGGGUGCAUUGAAAGGAGGCAUUGAGUUCAUGGAGCUCUGCGGGUUUGAGAAAAUUCAAGGCGGUGAAUUCCUGUUUCUGCCCAGGGACAAGGUUGACAUGGCUGUGCUGAACUCUGCUGGUUCCGAGCUGGACUCGGCGAUUAAGAAUCCCUUCUUCGGGGUUCUCUGAGUUGAAGUUAAAGUUCCUCAAUUUGUAAAAUCAUCGGAACUUUUUGAUUUAAAGAAGAAACUUGUCAGAGUUCAUAAGAUGGUGCUGACUUACCUGAAUUGGUGCAUGGUUUUGGGGGGAGUUGGACCGGUUUUACGCAGUUUUGAGAAUGGCAUGGGAACUUAUUUGUUCA